UACAAAAUUAGAAAAUUUUAAUUAAAACUUUAGUUUAAAAAAAAUUUCAUUUUUAUUCAAUGAAACUUUUCAAUUUAUUUUAUUUAAAAAAAAAUGACGUUUGAACCACAUACUGUGGUUUGAACAAUGAAUUUUUCAAAUCAUCCAGCAUACUUUGAAACUUACUUGCGUCAGCAUAUCAGCAUCCGUUGUGUCUGGCCAUACAAUUUAUAAUAAUUGUGGAAAAAUCAUCUCUCUUGCGCAUGUUUUGGCAUAUAGAGUGUAUUCCCGCUAUGUAAAAUUUUAUUUUCAAUCUACCUGACUAGUGCACUCGCAAACAGUGGCACGCAAAUAAUUUUAAAAUGCUAUCAUGAAUUCCAGCUUUGGCAUGACACUAGUACUGGCUCUUGCCAUCAGCAUGGCUGAGAGGACAAUUUCAAUUGUUACAAAGUGUAAUGCUAAUAGUUCGCCAUUCAUCCAUGCAUACACAUCUACCUGCAUAUCCAAGUGUUUGGGCUUGGUGGAUGAAAUCAACCUAAUUAAAUGCCAGUUCAAUCGCAAUGACGGCCAGGUAGUGGCAAAAAACUGCUCCAAAUGUCCUCGAUUCCCAGAAGUUGAAACACCCAGGUUGAAACUCAUAAGGACAUUUUGCACAAGCUCGCUGCCGAAAAUCGUUUUAAUAUGUGGCAAGAGAAUGACAAUAGGAUUAACUGCAGAAGGAGAUGAGUCAGAUUUCUUCUUCUUCCCAUCUCUCGUCCUUUACAAACCGGAUGUUCGCAUGUGGGAGCCAAAAGGUAUUGAUGAGAUCAAGUGUAUCCUUGAGGAAGGACUGACACCCAAACAAUUAACUGCAGGGCGUGUGUGGAUCGCUGGCUAUAAACCUGCGUGCAGAAAUGCACCCAACAUGACUUAUGAGCUAAACUUUUGCUCUCAAAAAUUCUCAAAGCCAUUCGUCAACAACUUACUGCCGUGGGCACCACCGACCACCAACCUGACCGACAAAAACGUCUGCGUAAAUUUGGUGUUCAGAUACAACAUUACUACUAAGUCUACCUCAGAAUACGCUUACCGCGAGGUGGACUGUGACAAUUUAAAGGCAACCAUUGUGCAUGAAUAUCUAAGGGCUGUAUACAGACCACCAUUGCAAUGAUAUUCUCUUGAUGAAAAAGAUUGUAUCUUAAUUAUUUAUUUGUACAUAAUUUUUUUUUCUUUUUUUAAUUAUUGAGUGCAAUCCAUCAGCAUAACCUCUGGCUCAAUCUGGCUAAAGUUUUAGGAACGCUCUCAUCAUACUUCUGGUUGUCGCAGGGUUGUCAGUUUUUCUAGGUUUUAAGCAUUAUAAAUUUUCUCUUCGUUCAUAUUUAAUGUAAAUAAACUCUCUUAGUAUAGCAAAUUGAUGUUUUAGUUAUUGAACAAAGUACAAUUAAUUCAAUUUUGCAUUAUUAUUUUGUUAUUCACAAUUAACAUAUUGUC